AGGAAGCCUGACAUAUAGGAAAAUACUACAAAGUGAAGAGAAAAUUCGCUUCACGAGAACUGAGCCCUGCUUUCAUUGGCUUUUAAAUUUUAUUUACAUUAAUGACCAAUUAGUGUCAGAUCAUCUCUGUAGCCUGCUGUGGUGAAAUUACUAGGUUAAAGCUGGAAAAAAUGAAACAGUUAAAAAGAAAAAGAAAAAGCAAUUUUAGUGUUCAGGAAACUCAAACUCUCCUUAAGGAAAUCAGAAAAAGGAGAGAAGUACUCUUUUCAAAGCAACUUAACACAACAAUUAAUGAGAUGAAACGGAAAGCUUGGGAGGAAAUAGCUGAGUGUGUAAAUGCUGUAGGUGAAGGAGAGCAAAGAACAGGGACAGAAGUGAAAAGACGAUACCUUGACUGGAGAGCACUCAUGAAGAGAAAACGUCUGAAUGCAAACAUCAAAGUAGUGGGUGCUGGGUUUCACCUUCCUUCAUCCAAUUUAGAUGACACUCUCAAUGAAGACAUGGAUGAGAAAAUGGGAUUUGCAAUUGAAUCUAGCUUUGAAUGGCAAAAUAUCACUGACUUCAGAGAAGCUGGGGGAUCUUUAACAGAAAUCAAAGUAGAAGAGGAAGAGGAGGAUCCGCAGAAUUUCGAAUUUCCUAUUGAGGAAGAAGAAGAAAUUUUGUCAUCAGUUUUGCCAGAUUCAAAAAAGGAGAAUGACCUAGCAGAUUUCCCCCACGUUGAAGAGUUUGGAAAUCUAGGCUCUGCUCAAGCUAGGCUAGCCUAUGAAGAUUCUCACAUGCUUAUAAAUCUGGAGAAGCAGAAGGUGGAGCUGGAGAAGCAGCGACUAGACAUUGAAGCCGAGAGGUUGCAAGUGGAGAAGGAGCGCCUGCAAAUUGAAAAAGAGAAUGUUGACUUGGAGCGUGAAAGACUUCAGAUCGAGAAGGAGCGACUUCAGAUUGAAUGGGAGAAGCUCAGGCUUGAGACUCUGCAUGCCGAAAAACCUGCUCUGGAAAACGACCUCACCCAAACAGAAAAACCUGUCGUGCAGCCUCUGGAUCUAGAAACUGAAAAGUUAAAACUUGAAAAAGAACGCUUGCAGUUAGAGAAAGAGAGGCUGCAGUUUCUAAAGUUUGAGUCGGAGAAGCUGCAGAUUGAGAAGGAACGCUUGCAAGUGGAGAAGGAGCGUCUUCGAAUUCAGAGAGAGGGUCACUUGCAGUGA